GACCGGUUCCUUGGACCUGGCUUUGGUAGCCUUGCAGCUUCAUCCUGGAUCCGCGCAGGUUCAAGCUGCAGGGGCAGCCUUGCUCGGCCGCUUUGCGCUGCUCCCACGACCACCAGAGGUGGCCACUGCUGCGGCCCUGACUUCAGCCAGCCUGGGCCUGGUCCUUGCGGCCAUGCACGAGCAUUCUGGAGCCGUGGAAGUGCAGGCAUGCGCCUGCGCCUGCGUGGGAGCCUUUGCUUUGCGUGGGACCGCGGAGUCGCGACAAACGCUGAGGCAGACGAUGGCCUUGGACUUCCUUGUGGCCGCCUUGAAGAACCAUCCAUCUUCCACAGCAGUGCAG